AUGCACAGCGCCAUGAAUAGAAUCAAGACUUGGAAGUCACAAGGCCGCCUUGAGCCUUCUUACAUUCUAGAUCACCUGGGGGAGGGUUACUUUGGCUUUGACAGAAUUGCGGUCCGCCAUUUUCCAUCCAAAGAACACGAGCUGACCGAAGCCGAAUUCCUUGAGCUUCUCCUCGACAAGGGCGGACUACCAUCAUCAUGUCUUGACCUAGCUCGAUUUGCGUUCCAGAUCGUUGCCUACCUGAGUCGCACGCCAUUCUACCCCCGCGGCAAGGACAAGCUGCGGACGUCGUUUACUGUCGGUGAGAUAUACCGAGGGCUGGAGUGGCUCAAGCGGGACAACAUCAGAGUCAGGGGAGGUGAUAGUAGAGGUCGCGCUCGCACCCCAGCCGACGAACGAAGACUCCUAUUCCAGAGUCUGGCCACCGAGACCUACCGCGGCGCUCGUGAUCCGGAUGCAGAUCGACAGAGGGCCAUCCGCAACGCGUUUGAUGUGCCCGAGCCUGACUUUGAGGAAAUGGAGUGGCUGUAUACCAACUAUUGUGACGACGGGGACGAGAUGUUCAAUGACGUCCUGGACGUGCUCCACAUGUUCCAGUAUGAUCAGGACAGGUAUCUCCCCUUUGGAAACGUAAGCCGUGAAGACUUUCUCGAAACCGCCAAAGAUUUGGUCGCAAAGCAGGACCGCUUCAGGCUUCAUAGACUUGCAAUAGAUCUAGAUCAAUUCACUGCACUGGUUGGCUUCCUCUUAGCUGGGCAGUUUCGGUGGGAAGGGGGCAAGAAUACGGACCCGGCCCUGUUCAGCGAGGCUGCAACCGCGGUUGCGAGAUCUUUCUGUGAAGAGUCUUCGGACGUCAUCGCCUGGGGCAAGUUUGACGACAUGCUCCCUCAAAUGCCCUUUCUCUUCGAUCCGCUGCACAGACUACUCUCAGCCGUCUUCGCGGGAUUUGCAUCAUUCCCAUCCUUCUGCUACAAGGCUCCCACGCCCCCGAGAGAUUCUUUCAUGACUCUGCCCCGCCUCAGCCAAUUGGCCUCAAUGGUGAACAUGGACCUGUAUUUCGAAAGCUUCGACCGAGCCCACGAGUGGUCCAAGAGGGGUUCUGUCCGGCCAAGCGCGCAGGUUCUCGCGAACGUGCUGCGGUCCAUGCCGGAUCUGACCGUCUUGGCGGUCAAGGGAUCCUCCCGCUCAGGUGAAGAAAUCAUCUUUGGCUCCUUCAUCCCGCUGCCCGCCGAGCUCGAGAUCCGCAAACAGGUGGAAGAUGCUGAACUCGGCCCGCCGGUGGACCUGGAUGACGAGAUUGGUCGCCAACUCACCGUUACGAAGCUUGAUGCAGUGCACGACCGUCUGGAAUACCGGGGCACCAUCAUGUAUCCCGCGCGGCCGUAUGUGUUUAUGCUCAGCCCGGCACAAAGGAUGGUACGCUUCGAGGGCGUGCCCCGCGUGGAUGGAAACCUUCUUUGUUUUGGCGAUACCUUACAGUUGCGUGACGACGGGCUUGCUUCAUUCCAGGCCGGGGAUCGCAUCAUUCGCAUGAAGGUAACCCACAUUGAAAUUUGGGGCGAGCCCAGAGAGUAG